GUUACUCGCAACGGUAGCAGGCGAGCAACCGCCUCCUCCUCGUGUCCUCCCGAGAUUCCUGCCGGAGUUCCAUAGCCAAAAUCCCCGCCAGCCUGCGCGCAAGCGUCGCCGUUUCAACUGCAAUUGAGUGGAUUUUAUUUUGUGAAUUGGAAACAUAUUUUUUUUUGGUGACCCCGACACGGAAGAUGUCCACGUCCCGUGGUGGUGGCAAGUGAUUGCCCCCCUCCGGGAUGUUCAACUACGAGGACGGCGGGGAUGCCGACCAGGCGGCUGCAUAUCGGGCACUGAUCGACUACUAUGCCAAUGCGCCCCGUGCGGCUGGACACAUAGUUUCCCUGACGGUGGGUCCGUACAACGAAACUGGAGGAGCCACUGGAGCCACUGCCUCCUUGGCGGCCAACAGCAGCAUAGCCAGCUUUGCGGAGAAUGGCGACUAUAUCGAUUUGGUCACCGAAAUGGCCAUCACCCUGGGCACUACUUCCGGUUCCGGUUCCGGUUCCACUUCCCCUUCAUCCUCGCCGAGUCCAAGUCCCAUUGCCGUGGGCACAGGAGGCACUAGUGGCAUGCCCGUCUGGCUGAUUCCCAGCUACAGUGUGAUCCUGCUCUUCGCCGUGCUGGGCAACCUGCUGGUCAUCUCAACGCUGGUCCAGAACCGACGGAUGCGCACCAUCACCAACGUUUUCCUGCUCAACCUGGCCAUCUCGGACAUGCUGCUGGGCGUCCUCUGCAUGCCGGUCACCCUGGUGGGCACCCUACUAAGGAACUUCAUCUUCGGCGAGUUCCUCUGCAAGCUCUUCCAGUUCUCGCAAGCCGCCUCCGUGGCCGUUUCGUCCUGGACCCUGGUGGCCAUAUCCUGUGAACGCUACUACGCCAUCUGCCAUCCUCUACGCUCUCGAUCCUGGCAGACCAUCAGCCACGCCUACAAGAUCAUCGGCUUCAUCUGGCUGGGCGGCAUCCUGUGCAUGACUCCCAUCGCGGUCUUUAGUCAAUUGAUACCCACCAGUCGUCCUGGCUACUGCAAGUGCCGCGAGUUUUGGCCCGACCAGGGCUACGAACUCUUCUACAACAUCCUGCUAGACUUCCUGCUGCUCGUCCUUCCCCUUCUGGUGCUCUGCGUGGCCUACAUCCUCAUCACAAGGACCCUCUACGUGGGCAUGGCCAAGGACACCGGGCGCAUCCUGCAGCAAUCAUUGCCCGCAUCCGGAGGAGGAACUGCCGCCGGAGGCGGACCCACGCCGGGCACAAGCAGCAGCAGCAACUGCAUCCUGGUCCUCACCGCCACCGCGGUCUAUAAUGAAAGUAGUAACAACAACAAUGGCAAUGCAGAGGCAACAGCAACGGCAACGACAACUUUGACAACGAGGGCGACAACUCCUACUGUGAUCACCACCACGACGACGACGACGGUGACGCUGGCCAAGACCUCCUCGCCCAGUAUUCGCGUUCACGAUGCGGCUCUACGCAGAUCCAACGAGGCCAAGACACUGGAGAGCAAGAAGCGGGUGGUCAAGAUGCUGUUCGUCCUGGUGCUGGAGUUCUUCAUCUGCUGGACGCCGCUGUACGUGAUCAACACGAUGGUGAUGCUGAUUGGGCCGGUGGUGUACGAGUAUGUGGACUACACGGCCAUCAGUUUCCUCCAGCUGCUGGCCUACUCCUCCAGCUGCUGCAAUCCCAUUACCUACUGCUUCAUGAACGCCAGCUUCCGGCGCGCCUUUGUGGACACCUUCAAGGGGCUGCCCUGGCGACGAGGUGGAGGUGGUGGCAUGGGCGGAGUGGCUGGAGGACUCUCCGCCAGCCAGGCGGGACCGGCUGCCUAUUCGAAUGCCAACAUCAACACCAACAUCAGUCUCAAUCCCGGCCUAGCCAUGGGCAUGGGCACCUGGCGAAGUCGGUCGCGGCACGAGCACCUCGCUAAUUCGGUGGUGACCAAUACCGCCCCCUGCGCCACCGACAGUCCUCAGCUGUAAGCUGUUGGCUCUUCGAGGAGGUUUCGCCCCAAGGAUCGCUGUAAAUAUGUACCAUAUAAAGUGUUUGUUUUUUUUUUGUGGUAAGGGGAGUAUUGUAUUUUUUUUACCUACUUGUGAUUAUGAUCGUACUCGUAAACUAAACUCAGACGCUAGUCUAUCGGUGUUUCAAUUGAACUUCCUAAGG